AUGGCUCGGGCACUGACCGUAAACCGGAAUUCAAAACCAUCGAAGAAGGAGCCUGCCAAUAACGAUGAAAACAUGGACACAUCCCAACUGGUGAAAACUAAAAAGAAACGAUAUCGUCCAGGAGUCAAAGCCCUCCAUGAAAUCCGUAGAUAUCAGAAUUCGACGGAGCUUCUUAUCCGCAAACUCCCUUUUGCCAGAUUGGUGAAAGAAAUCGCAGAGCGCUUUACGAAGGAGCAACUGCGUUGGACACUGACCGCGAUCGAAGCUCUUCAGUGUGCAACAGAGGCAUAUCUCGUUUCUAUUUUCGAAGAUGCUAAUUUGUGUACGAUACACGCUAAACGAGUCACUGUGAUGGUGAGAGAUAUUCAAUUGGCUCGUAGAAUUCGAGGCCGCUUUAAUUGA